AUCUGUCAUACGGUCAUUUACACAACCAAACGUACGCCAUUUUUUAGUGUUGUUUGUCAAAUAAGCCAGCAAAGUAAAUCAUCGAGGUUUUAAAGAAUUUCGGGAUGCCGAUGGAAUUAAAAGAGGAGGUCAAUGUUAAGUCGGAGGACGAAGAAGAUGAACUGGAGAAAUUACGACUCGUCGCUUUGCAAUCCUUAAAAAAGCCGGCACCCAUUAAUUUCAAACCUUCCGUUCACGGUGGUAAUAUUAAUAAUACGAAUAAUAAUAAACGGAGGAAUUUUGUGAGGAACAGAAAUGGUCAAUUUAGGAUUAAAAACACUAAUCUUAUUUCAAUUCCAACGAUUGAUGAUAACCCUCAAAGAAAUCAAGAUGUUAAAACAAAUUCGUUCACUAAAUUAAUUUUACCUCAAGAUCGUUACAGCAACGUAAAAAAGGGGGAUGAAAAAACGGAGUCAUCGAGUAAAUUUGAUCGAUACGAUAACUCGGAUAAAUCGGAGAGUGAAACCGAUUACCGAACUGAUUCUGAAACGGAAAAUGAAUCUCCCGGUAAAUUGGAACGUGCGGAUAGUUUAGAGGCGUUAAUGCAAGAAUUGGAGAAUGAAAUUCAAGGGAAUUCGCAAACGAAAAGCGAUGAGGUUAAAAAGAAGAUUAAGAAGCGCAAAAAACGGUUGGAAGUGGAAGUUAAAGAUGAGGUGCCUGAGAUUGUAAAGUUGGAAGUGAACCAAGAAACGCUUAAAAGUGAAGAUGUCAAAAUUGAGAUUGAAAAGGAAGUUAAAAUUACGAAGGAAAUUGAAACUAAACCUAAUUUAGUUCCUCCUGUUGUUGAAGAUUUAUUUCCACAAAAACGAUCUCCUCCAUUACAAAGAAAUCGGAGACCUUUUCAAAAAUUUGAUCAAAAAAUUCGAAAACCGCGUCAACCUUACAAUAAUCAUAGUCAGUACACACCUGGUCCUUUAAAUUAUCAGGUUCCACCUCCAUAUAAUCCUCCCCAUUUAUAUAACCCCCUCCAAUAUCCCCCAGCGCCGAUUAUUACCCCACAAAUCCAUCCUAACCUCCAAAUUCCGCAACAACAAAACGUCCCACCUGAUUUACAUCACCGAAUGUUUUAUGAGAGGCCCCUUUCGCCGUUAAAAUUAAACACUGAUGAUGUGUUAACGAUCGCUAGGGCCCCGUUAUCGCCGAGAAGUGCCGCUUUUGUGCUCCAAAAUAGGGAUGCGAUCGAACGUAGGAAGAAAAGUCCGCGGAGGAGUUAUUCGAGGAGUCCUUCCCCGAGGUAUCAUCGAUCCAAAUCUAAGUCGAGGUCGAGGACGCCUUUGAAAGAUGAAAGGAGGAUAACCCCAGUGAAGGAGAUUAGGAAAAGAUCACCUCUUAGGAGGAGAAGUGCUGAAAGAAGGAGUCCAGAAAAUUUAAAAAAGAAAUUAGUUAAAGAAAGAUUGGGCAAUAAAAAAAAACGAAGUAGAAGUUUAUCCCCAGCUGUAACAAAUAAAAUACAAAAAAUUGACGAAAAACUUGAAGAAAAGCUUGAUCCCGUUUUAGAAGCGCGUAAAAGAAAAUUUGAAACGAACGGAAUUAAAAAUAAAGAAGGAAUAAUCAGGUUAAGACCAAAACAAGAAGAUGACAUCAUCAAAAUGGAGCCCCCUAAAACGGAAAACAUCAAAAUAGAAGAUGAGAAGGUCGCUGAAAAUCCCACCGAAAACAUCCUUCCAAAAGAAGAAGAAUCCCCAGAACCCCCCGACACCAUCGAAGACGAUCUAGAAGAAAAUUUCGAAGACAUAUUAAACCCAAAAGUCGACGAUAUCUUUUCGGACGAAGAAACCGACUCGGAAAACGAAGGCAGAUUCAAAAAUUCCAUGAACAACGAGAAAAAAUCGAACGUUCGCGUCGUCCCUUUCAGUAAAUUGUUAGAUUCAAAACCGAAAUCGAUUCCUUUAGACCGAACGAGAACGUCGUUGCGAAAUCGCGAUAAUCAUAAAGUUAAGGGCGACCACAAAGAACGUUUGACGACGCGAAAAGUUAAAACGGAAAGAAAGGAGAAAUUGGUGCCGACCAUUGAAAGUAAAAAGAUUGAAAUUAAGAUUCGGAAUCCGUCGAAAUAUGAAACGACGAGUAAAUAUGAUGUUAAGAAUGAAAAGGAGAGGCCUUCGCGGAAAGUCGAAGUUGCUAAAAAGGAGGAAAAUAAUGAGUUAAAUGCUAAAGUUGAUUUGGAAGAUGACGAAAAUGGUUUUAGUAAUCAAAAAUGUGAUUCUGGAGAUUUACGUGCUCAAUUAAGUAGGAAAAGGGCUGAACGUCAAAGUAGAUUACCAACCGUCGAGAAUGUGCCAUCGAGAUUAUUACAAAACGCCCUGCAAGGUGCUGUCUUUAAAAAGCAGAAAAAAAUUAAAUCGGAAAAUGAAACAGCACCUAAAGAUGGAAAAAUGCCGAUACAUUUGAGGCUUGGAAUCGCUUCUGGAGGCGGAGAGGGUCCCCAAGAGACGGUCAAACCGAAAAAGGUCCAAGGAAAGAGUAAGGGCCGUGCCGAUCAGGUAUUAUAUCCAAAAAUUAUCAAAUACCUCCUUGAUUUUCAAACUUUGUACAAAGCCAUUUUUAUUGGUUUUGUUUGAUUUAACAAAAAA